AUGUACUACAAGAUAAUUGCCGCCGUCAUGGCCGGAGUCGGUGUUGCCGUUGCUCAGCGUCCGACUGACACAUCCAUCUGCGACUACUACACGACAGCAUUGCUGAAGAACAACACGGCCGAGAACCAAUACACCCUACUCAAUCUUUUGGUCAACACUGUUGUUAUUGGGAACUGUUAG